UUUAAUAGUCUUGCUUCCCCCGUUUUUAGCCAUCAUAGCGUAUCAUAUUUUUACAGAUUCGCUAUGGUGGAUUCCCCUACCAUGAAGAAGACUUUUGUGGUCUCAGACAUAAAGCCAUUGGAUUUGUAUGACUGCACUAAAUCAAAAAUAUGCGCAAGUGUCGGAUGGCUGUUGGCAAAGUCUUACGGCAGUUCAGAAAAUGUCCCUACAGAGCUGCGUAACCCUUUCUACUGUGACCAGUAUGAACAGGAGCACCUUAAACCUCCAGUCACACGCCUUCUGCAGUCCUCAGAGCUGUACUGUCGCACCUACAGCAUAUUAUGUGGAGCCGAGGCCCAGCCCAAAGACAAUGCCGCCCUGCUUCAACUCCUCCGUCAGAGAGGCGUAGUCGCCAAAGACCAGGAGGCAACAGUGACGGAUGCAGACCUUCAACGAAAGCCCAUCAAAAUGAGUGCUCAUCUGGCACUGAUAGAUGCCUUGAUGACAAUAGGAGCCAUGGAGACGGUGACUGCAGUGAAGAUGUGCAAUUCUGCUGAGCUACUGGGUGGAGCUGCCAGAUGGGAGGAUGCUGUAUUUCACUGGGUUAAUGUGUUAAACCAGAAGCUCCGAGAACGUACUGAAGGAACCCAAAAUGACUCAUCUCAGGAAGCUACAGAGCUCCAACCUGUUGAGCCCUCUUGUCCUACUCGCUGGUACUGGAAACUUGUUCCUCUCCGCUACAGAAAGGAUCAAUUUCAGUCCAAAGUGAAGCCCAUCUUUCCUGUAGUGAAUGACGUGAAGGAUCUGUCCAGUGGCUGUGCUGUUGCUGCAGUCAUACAUUAUUAUUGCCCAGGGUUACUAAGACUUGAAGAUGUUUGUAUGAAAGACACCAUGUCUGUGGCAGACAACCUGUGCAACCUGCAAUUCAUCUGUGAAUUCUGUGACAGCUGUCUGAAAGGUUGCUGUCACUUAACACUUGAAGACAUGCUGUAUGCACCACAGGAGCUUCAGCUCAAUUUUCUGAGCUUCCUGUCAGAGCUGCUUUGGUGGUUUGAAGUACAAAGACCAGAAUUUCUUCAGCCAAUAGACACUUUAGAUGGAUCCACUCCAGUAACACCAACUAGCUUGAGUGGUAGCAGUACAUCCCCUUCAAUAUUUAAGAAGCCAUUCCUCCCAAUUUCUUCCUCUGCAUCCGGAUCUUUGACUCAGUCUACCUCAAUGUCUCAUAUAGAAGGAGUUGGAAAGACAUGGACCAAGAAGCCUCUCAGCCGACCUUUGUCAGCAGUAUCCUUCAGCAUUCCUUUUGGCCUGGAUAGUGAUGUGGACAUAGUGAUGGGCAACCCCGUCAUAACUCGCUCUGUGAGCUCAGAUCAUCUCAAUCCAGCAAGCCAAAGCAUGACCCAGGUUCCCUACACUCCAGCUGAAGACCUUAGCCAUUUGCUUGGUAAACACCCUGGACCCAACGGUCCACAAAGAGCAUCUUGGGCCACACAGACUCCCAUUAUUCCAAGGCUUGAAGAAGAAAAUGGCCUUGGGACAAGUGAAACAGGAGAGCUGCCUACCAUAGAAGAGGCUCUUCAAAUUAUUCACAAUGAGGACAAGAUGGAGCCCCGUUUACACCCUGAUGGUGCUCCUGAUGGCUUCUACCUCCACUCUCCUGAUGAACCUGCUAAUUCUAGAUAUGACAGCAGCUUGACUCCCAUCAGCUGCUCUGCCCCAACACAUUCAAGAAUGUUGUACCAGCCUAAAGGAGAGUCCAGGGAACCAGCUCGCAGCAGAAGCGCCUCAGGAUGUUCACGGGAUGAUGAUUCGGUCUUGAGAGAUGGUAGUGUGGAUUCAGAUGCCUUAGAAGACAUGCCAAAGGCCCAAUCCACUCCAAGUACACCAGCUGCAGGUCCAUACUCUGCUCGUAGUAAUAGUAAGGAGGUGAAUGACAGUGGAGUGAAGAUGACUAACUUUGCAGAACGUAAAAAGAGACAAAGCAUGGACUCUCUUAAAGCCAGCAACCCCUCUUCUCCUCAGAUGACCACAUGGGCACAAAAGUCUGAAGAAAGCCCAAGCAAGAGCCCACAACUCAAUAAUGAAAUGUCCGAGCUAGGGGUUCGACUUGAAGAAAAACGCAAAGCUAUAGAAGCCCAAAAAAAACGCAUUGAGGCCAUUUUUACAAAGCAUCGACAAAAACUUGGGAAGAGUGCCUUUCUGCAGUUAAAAACGGAGCAAAAUGAAGACGAUGAGGAGAAAGUAGGUAGUCAAGUCGGUGCCUCAUCUGCAGAAGAGGAUCUAGAGGAAAGGCUUGCUCAAAUGAAUGAAGAAGAGCAGAAGGAACAGCGCCCCUCAGUGGAAGGUGGAAGUAAUAAUAGAAGAGAACUUACACCGGAGGUCAAUCAGACCAAAGCAAACAUAUCAGGGGAGAAAAGUUCUGGGACGCCUGGUGAAAAAAUGGUUGCUCCAUUAGGUGAUUAUAAUAAUGCUGUGUCCAAGUUAACUGCAGCACUUUCCUCUCUGCAAAGUGACAUGCAGCGGCUGACACAGCAGCAGAAUCAACUUAUCAAGAAGAAACCUGAAACGUCCAGCAGCAAAUCCUGGGUUAUUCCAGCCAGCCCUAAAACCUCCACUCCAGCUCCUCCUGCACGCCUGUCAAGAGAAUCCACUCGAGGUUUAAACUCGACCUCCUCUUCAUCACCGUCUCCCAAAGUCUCAAACCUUUCCGCUCCUCCAAAAUCUCCUCGGGUUAAUAAAAGAGCGAAGUCUGUACCCCCUAAAAGUCCGAAACACAGUCAUCAAAUGGAUCCGAAGGUCCCAACCCUCUCCAGGGUUCUCACUCCGCCUCAAAAUGUGGAUCGCAUUCCCCAUCUUCGUCGGGUAAAUCCCUCUCAGACUCAGGUCCAGACUUCACUGUCCUUCUCUAUAGGUGAUUCUAAUAACCUGGCUGAUAUGCGCUCCUCUGGACCUACUCCUGUUCCCACACCUUCACUAACACCCAUACAGACUCCUACUCCACCUCCUCUUCCUGCAGGAGAUGAUGACCAUUCAGAAGUGGGAUCUAUUGACGGACAAAGUAUAUUUAGCAUGGACCUUGAUGCUGGGGCCUCACAUAGCCCUUUCAAAAAGGAAGGACUUGCAAGUGGAGGCUGCAGCUCUGGUGCCCCUUCAGAGUGCUCCUUUGAUAGUGAAGUCCCUGCAGGAAUGUUGAAUGGCAAACACAAUAGUUUGAUAGAAAUUUCAUUAUCUUCCUUGCGAGGAGAGACCGAAGAGGAUGAUCAAGUGCCUGACGCUUUCUCUGAUUCAAUGAGUGACAAAACGGAGCCAGAAUCAAAAGCUGGAGUUGGGUUCUUUUUCAAGGAUGUCAAGCAUCGAACAGAAGAUGAGAUGGCCCAGCGAAGAGCAGUUUUACUUGAGAAACAGCAGAAAAGAGCAGAAGAGAUGAAGAAACGCAAAAUUGAGCAGGAGAAAGAAAAAGAAUCAAACAAGCCUCAGUGGAUGAUCAUUGAAGGCUGGGGUAAUAAGAGUGAAGACACACCCCAGACCUCGAUCACCCCUCCAGCAUCACGCACCCCACCAGCAGAAGGGACUCCUCAACGCAGAGGGGACUUCACCAAGCAGGAGUAUGAGAGGAGACAUCAGCUGAAAAUAAUGGAAGACUUGGACAAAGUGCUAAAGCAGAAGCCCACCACAGUCCGUGGUGUGAAGAAGCAAAGGCCCAAGACUGUGUUUAGAGAUGACUCCGUCUUGUCCAACAGCCCUGCCAAAGGUUUCAUUGGUCCUAGGUUGAACAAGGUGUACUCUCACUCAACAAUGAACCUGUCUUCUAUGGCUAAUGACUCUGGAGGUCUGAGUGUCAGGAAGUCGCCAAGCCGUUCACACUCUCCGUCCAGGUCACGGCUAAUGUCACCAGGGCGAAGAAGUGCUCAGAACGGAGAACGGGAUUGGGAAAAUGGUUCUACAAUUUCCUCUCCAUCCUCCAUCCCAGAAUACACAGGACCAAAGCUAUACAAGGAACCAAGCUUCAAGUCCAACAAGUUCAUCAUCCACAAUGCCAUCACUCGCUGCUGCCUUGCUGGAAAGGUCAAUGAAUUACAGAAAAACAAGGUUGUUGAGGACAUGGAAAACAGCACAGCCAAUCACUUCCUCAUCCUCUUCAGAGAUUCCAGUUGCCAGUUCAGAGCAGUUUACACCAUGAACCCUGAAACUGAGGAGAUGGUACGGCUCACUGGUAUUGGACCUAGAAUGAUCACACUUGAGAUGGUUGAGUCCAUUUACAAGUACAGCUCUGACCGCAAGCAGUUCACCGCCAUCCCGUCCAAAACCAUGUCCAUGAGCGUUGAUGCAUUCACCAUCCCUGGACACUUUUGGCAGAAACGCCCGGGAACUCCCAAAAAGCUUAGCACCCCCAAAUAAAGUCUUACUGGACAUAGGUUAAGGAUGCUACUAUUCAGGAAAUC